AUGAGGCAAACUACCAUUGAUGAAAAUAGUCCAGCUAAAAAGGAGUUAAGGGAGCGUGCUUGUGUUGCCAUAGCACGAUGGAUGUAUGAUGUAGGAAUAGCUUUUAAUGCUGUGAAUUAUGAUAGCUUUGGGGAAAUGAUUCGAGCAAUUGGAAAUUAUGGGAGAGAAAUGAAACCUCCAAGUUUUCAUGAGGUUAGAGUUCGGUUACUUAACAAAGAAGUGCAAAUCAUAAAUGAUCUUCUCGAGUCUCAUAGAGAAGAAUGGAAAAAUUAUGGAUGUACAUUGAUGUGUGAUGGAUGGACAGAUAGAAAAGGGAGAACCUUGAUUAAUUUCUUGGCUAAUAGUCCAAAGGGAAGUGUAUUUAUUAAAUCAGUUGAUGCAAGUGAUGAAUCAAAGACAGCAGCAUUGUUGGCUAGUUUGAUUGAGAAAGAAUUGAUAGAAAUUGAUCCCAAAAAAGUGGUUCAAGUUGUUACAGAUAAUGCAUCAAAUAAUGUUGCAGCAGCCCAUUGUAUAGAUUUGAUGUUGGAGGAUAUCUUUAAGAUCCGUGUUUUCAAAGAAACAUUCCGCAAAGCUGUUGAGCUUACUGGUUUCAUAUAUGGCUCUUCAGAAGUUCUAAAUAUGUUGCAGAAGUUUACUAAUAGAGUAGAAUUGCUAAGGCCAGGGCAAACUAGAUUUGCUACUGCUUUUAUUACACUGGGAAGGAUUCAUCUUCAGAACGCCAACAUUAGAAAAAUGUUUACUUCGGAAAGUUGGACAACUAGUAAAUGGGCUAAAGAGGUAAAAGGCAAAAAGUGUGAAGGGACGGUUUUGAGUCCUGCCUUCUGGAAUCAUGUUGUUUAUGCUCUUAAGGUUUCCAGUCCUCUUGUUCGUGUGCUUCGACUUGUUGAUAAUGAAAAAAAACCAGCAAUGUGA